CUACAAACAACCACCGCGGCCUUUUCUCAUACAGUAAUCCUUGAACACGUCGUCCCCGACUGACAGCGUGGAAGCCACAGCAAAAAUGACCCAAGUCAUCUCCAAUUCAGGCCACGAUGAUAUGAUACAUGACGCCGUACUCGACUACUAUGGUAGACGCCUCGCGACGUGCUCCUCAGACAAAACGAUCAAGAUCUUCGAGAUUGAGGGCGAUCAGCACCGAUUGACGGAAACCCUCAAGGGACAUGAAGGAGCGGUUUGGGGAGUAGCUUGGGCACAUCCGAAAUUCGGCACAAUCCUCGCCUCAUGCUCAUACGACGGUCGCAUCUUGAUCUGGCGCGAACAGAACAACCAGUGGCAGCGCAUCUACGAGUUCACACACCACACCGCGUCAGUCAACCUCGUAGCCUGGUCACCUCCCGAGACCGGAUGCCACCUCGCCGCAGCGAGCAGUGACGGCAAUGUAUCCGUUUUGACGUUCGAGAACAACGCCUUCACCCAUACCAUCUUCCCCGCACACGGUCUUGGUGUCAACUCGAUUUCGUGGAGCCCAGCGAUUCUCCCUGGCCAGCUUACCAGCGCUCAAGCGCCUGGCCAAAAUCCUGCCCCAGUACGGAGGUUCGUCACAGGUGGCUCAGACAAUCUCGUCAAGAUCUGGUCAUUCAAUGCCACCACGCAGAGCUACGACAACAUCACAACUCUGCAGGGACAUCAAGAUUGGGUCAGGGAUGUGGCAUGGUCACCUACACCUCUUUCCAAGUCGUACAUUGCAAGCGCAUCGCAAGACCACACUGUGCGCAUAUGGACGCUGCCUGCUGGCUCGGAGAUCAGCGAUCCAAACGCGUGGAAGAGCGAGGAGCUGAAUCUGGAUGUGGUGGUCUGGCGCGUGAGCUGGAGCAUGGCGGGCAAUGUGUUGGCUGUCUCCUGCGGUGACAACCGGGUGAGUCUGUGGAAGGAGAAGCUGAAGGGCGGCUGGGAAGUUGUGAAGACUAUUGAGGAGUAAUGCGAUACCUUCAUACGGACCAUCUCCAACAGUCAUGGUAUAAUGCUGUGCGGAAAUGUGACCACGAAGCAAAAGCGGAGGCAAAAUGUCGCGACGAGACGAAAUGGAAAAUGCAUGCGGCUCUGGGGACAUUGUUCGAUGAACUCGCGGCAGAGAAAUUGAAUGGGACAGCUUGCGGCGCGUGCACACAAUGUGGCCGUGUUGACAGCCGUUCUCGAUUGAGUCUGUCACAAGUCAGAGCCAUCGCGGCGGAGCGCUCGGCAUCGCGCAAGCAAGCAAGCAGGGCCGUGGAGAGACAACGCCGUCAUCCCAGCCAUAAGCCCCUCUGAGCAGCAGGAGACACAUGUAGGAAACAUACCAACGAUACAGUGCAACGCCGCAGUGCAGUAGCAGCACUAUGCAAGCUCCCGAACAGUGCGUCUCUGUUUGCUCCUAGGACCAACUUCUGCAGA